GCCCAAACGUUGGACAGCUCAAAACACUAUUACGAUAAGUAUGAGCCGGAUGCGCGACGAGGACGACGAGGAACUGGACGAGAGCUUCCAGCACGCCGACAUCCCCAACACCUUCCGCGAGCUUCGCGCCUGCAUGACGUGCUCGCUCAUCAAGACCUUCACGCAGUUCUACGACACAGGUUGCGAGAACUGUGCCUUUCUUCAAAUGGCCGACAACCGACAGCGUGUGGCCGAGUGCACCUCUGCCUACUUCGAAGGCAUGAUCGCCAUGAUGCAGCCGAAGGAGAGCUGGGUGGCCAAAUGGCAGCGCAUUGGUGCGUCAAGGUGGUCUAGUAUUUUAAGGUUGCAAUUGAUGACCCUAUCGGUAUUCGUUGUUGGCGCAGUUCGCUUAAUCCCAGGCAUAUAUGCUGUGUCUGUCUCCGGAGAGCUACCCGACUCGAUCAAGCGUUUUCUUGAGGACAGGAACAUCCCGUACCGCGUGCAGAACUAAAAGGCCGUGGAGCAGAAAUGCAGAGCAGCUUUACGUGAGGUCGCAUUCGGUUAAUGUAAUGCACAUCCAUUAGCUCUACUUUCUCCGUGAGGACUGCUUUUUACGCUAAGUACCAUAUCAUAAAUGAAGAAAAUCGGCCAAGAUCUCAAUUCUUUGGCAGGCGGCGAAACCCAAAAGACAUCCGCGGCGUUGGCAAGCCGCUCGACUCAACAGGUUUGGGGAUCGCGUUCGUUGAAAUAUUGGGCACCUUGUGUGGGCUUGGCGUUGGAAGAAAGCUCUUUGUGGUCUUGGAUACGGAUGAGGGCGUACCUGAAAGAGCAGAUGAAGGUUGAGUCAAGCGAGAUGAAGAAGGCUUUACCGCCAUAGUGCUUGGCGUCAUUGGUGUACGGACGAAUGGUCGUGGACGAACUACAGCACUCGGAGGCUUCGCGAUGCUGCUUGGAGCUCCGAUGGACUUUCGUUGAGCCAGUCCCGAAGAUGCCGCCGAUACACUUGGUGGUACAACAGAUUGGGUUGGUGGCGAGGGGGGCUUUACAUUGUUUACGGUAGAAUUCUCUGCAUGUGCAGACUUGUGUUGAUGUAGAGCGCUCGACGAUUGAGCCCUCAAAGGAGAAGGCGCUUUCCCACUACGCCCAAGCCGACGUGUGGGAAGCGGGUACCUGAAAGAUCUGACCAGAUCGUAAUCUCCAUCGUUGUCGUCUAGAAGUCCCGACUCCAAGAUUGCUUCAGGCGUUGCGUCGCCCAUGAUCAGUGUAUAAGUGUCUCCUGAGUCACCACUUAGUGAAAGCUUCAACACAGCUGUACGCGGCACUGAGUGCAGUGUUGCAGCAUAAUGUCUUGAAGUUACAUCGUGAAACCAUUCAUCGGAGAGGGGGUCAUCGCCCACAAGAACCUCAAAAACGAGGUCCGCGUCGUCUUGAUCCGCGUUAAACAUUGCCCGGGAUAAUCUAUCACUCACUGGGUAUAGAGAUUGCUUCCGUUCACAGUACUUCGUAAUGCCAAACUCCUGGAGAAAUAAAGCCGCAUUAUCUGUGCCU